AUGAUCCAAAAAGGAGUGCCACUCCAAACUGAAUACAAGCCGUAUACUGGGGUCAAAGGACCGUGUAGCUAUCAGCAAGGCCGUGGUACUCUCAGCUCGACAGUCAGCAUUCCUGCCGGUUUUCAAUCCAUGCAGAAUUAUUUGGCAACUAAAGGCCCGCUUGUUGGAACAGUUUUGGUCACACAUGCAAUGCAGUACUUCAAAGGUGGACUGGUCUAUCGGCCAACACAGGCGGAAUGCGCCUCUAAUGUAGGUGGACAUGCUUGGCUCAUUGCUGGCCUCGACUACGAAGGCAACAAUCCCUAUUACAUCAUCAAAAACAGCUGGGGAACGUCAUGGGGCGAGCAGGGCUACAUUCGUUUUGGUGCUGGGCAAAACCUCUGCGAGUCCGAAGAACGAAGCUACGGCGCGCAGAAGUGA